AUGGCCCCGUCAUUGGAACUCUAUGAGAAAGCCACCCAAAGCUUGCCCGUCAAGCCCAACGUCACUAACACCCAUGGCGUCCCCGCAGUGACAGACUUCGAGUUCGAGAGCUCCGACAAGCAUGACCGAGUUCUGAAGGUGUUCCGCGCAUUCAUCGCGGAUCUUUGUCAGCAAUUCAAUGGAGGCCAUCCAGGCUCUGCCAUGGGCAUGGCCGCCAUCGGCAUCGCCUUGUACAAAUAUGUGAUGAAAUACUCCCCCAGCAACUGCGAGUAUUUCAACCGAGAUCGUUUUGUCCUUUCUAACGGUCAUGCUUGCCUCUGGCAAUACCUGUUCAUGCAUCUCGUUGGUGUCAAGAGUAUGACCGUUGAUCAGCUCAAAUCAUAUCAUUCCGAGAAAACCGACUCCCUGUGCCCCGGCCACCCCGAAAUUGAAAAUGAAGGUGUCGAAGUCACAACAGGCCCGCUCGGACAAGGUGUUGCCAACGCAGUCGGCCUCGCGAUGGCGACGAAGAACCUCGCCGCCACAUACAACAAGCCGGGUUUAGAAGUCGUGAACAACAUGACAUGGUGCAUGAUCGGCGACGCGUGUCUUCAAGAGGGUGUCGGUCUCGAGGCGGUUUCUCUGGCUGGCCAUUGGAAGCUCAACAACUUGUGCAUCAUCUACGAUAACAACUCCGUCACUUGUGAUGGUACGGCCGAUGUUGCGAAUACGGAAGAUAUCAACGCCAAGAUGAGAGCAACGGGAUGGAACGUUCUUGAGGUUCUCGAUGGAAACUCCAACGUUGCUGCUAUUGUGAAUGCUCUCAUUGUUGCACGAAGCAGCGAUCGCCCAACUUUCAUCAACAUCCACACAACCAUCGGCUUCGGCUCAGUCAAGGCCGGCGAUGCGAAGACACACGGUGCCGCGCUCGGUGUUGAUGAUGUCGCAAGCAUCAAGAAGACCUUUGGUCUCGAUCCUGAGGAACACUUCUCGAUCCCCAAGGAUGUCUACGACUUCUUCGGAGAUGUCGUCGAACGGGGAAAGACCUAUGAGAAGGAGUGGUCCGAAACUGUCCAGAACUAUUCGGAGCAACACCGCGAGCUUGCUGCCGAGUUCAAACUCCGCGUCGAGGGCAGGAUGCCUGACGACUGGACCAAGUAUAUCCCUAGCAAGGACCAACUUCCCACCGCACCGACAUCAUCCCGCAAAUCGGCUGGCCUCGUGGGCAACCCUCUGGGCGAGAAGAUGAAGAACUUCCUCAUUGGAACCGCCGACUUGACGCCUUCGUGUAAUGUCGCAUACAACCAGAAGGUUGACUUCCAAUCUCCGGAGCUCCAAACGGCAUGCAACUUGAACGGCAACUAUACCGGCCGAUACAUCCACUACGGCAUCCGAGAACACGCCAUGUGCGCCAUCUCGAACGGCCUCGCCGCCUUCAACAAGGGAACUUUCCUGCCCAUCACCAGUUCCUUCUUCAUGUUCUAUCUAUACGCCGCGCCGGCCGUCCGAAUGGCCGCUCUCCAAGGCUUGCAGCAGAUUCACAUCGCAACGCAUGACAGUAUUGGCACUGGCGAAGAUGGGCCGACGCAUCAACCCAUCGCUCUCCCUGCACUCUACCGUGCCAUGCCUAAUACCCUUUAUAUCCGUCCUUGUGACUCGGAAGAGGUCGCUGGGGCGUUCAUUGCCGCCAUCAACGCUACCGAAACACCUACCAUCAUCUCUCUUUCGCGUCAAAACUUGACUCAAUACCCUCAACAUUCGUCUCGCGAGGGGGUUGCCAAGGGCGCAUACGUCUUUGUAGAGAGUGAGGACUUUGAUGUCACUUUGAUCGGCGUCGGCUCAGAAAUGGGCUUCACCAUGGAGACCAAGGGCCUCCUCGAGAAGGAGGGUAUCAAGGCACGGGUUGUCUCCUUCCCUUGCCCCCGGCUCUUCGAACAACAGUCUCGCGAAUACAGGCACUCUGUUCUUAAGCCGAGAGCUGGCAAGCCGACGGUUGUGAUCGAGGCAUACGCUGCGAAUGGCUGGGAGCGAUAUGCCGAUGCGUCCUUCUCGAUGCGCCGGUUCGGCAAGAGUUUGCCGUCCAAGGCGGCGUAUGAUUAUUUCGGAUUCAAGGCAACGAGGAUGGCGCCCAAGAUCAAGGAUCUUGUCGAAGAGCGGAUUGUUUCCCAGUUCAAUGUUGUUCGCACAAGUCUUAUUGACAACGAGACGACCCCGUUGCAAGUUGGAAACGGCAACUUCGCUUUCAAUGUCGACAACACGGGCAUGCAGACCUUCUUGCCGUUCAACACUUUGUCAAGUUGGGCGUGGCACAAUGACUCGUUGCCAACGAACGGGGAAAAGCUCAGCGACUACACCGGUGUACCCAGAUUGACUCACGGCCGAAACGUUUCUUACGAUAUUCCUGACUCCAAGCUUCCGGAAGUCUCCCAGUGGCUGAUUGGCAAUCCCAAUCGCAUCAACCUGGGCCGCAUCGGCCUCAAGUACAAAGGUGACACCCUCUCAGCAGACCAAAUCACCGACCCGAAGCAAGAGCUGGAGCUAUGGGCCGGAGUCAUAACGUCAACCUUCAAGGUCAACGGCGAGUCGGUGAAGGUCAUCACCCAAGGCGACUUCGAGACCGACGCCGUAACAUUCCAGAUCGAGUCGAAGCUUCUGUCUUCGGGUGACCUGAACGUCGAACUCGACUUCCCAUACCCGCCGAUUCACACGACCAAGUACAAGUACGAGGUCUUCGCUGGUGUCUAUGACUUUCCCCUCAACCACACGAGCCGCAUCGUGAAGAGUUGCGGGCGGCCAGACCUCGCUCACAUCUACCACGAACUACAAGAGACCAGUUACUACGUCAACCUCAGAUGGCCUGCGAAUUCCACCCUUGCGCUUUCCAGAGACGAGCCGGAAGGCUCUAGCAAAGUCACCGCGCACAGGUACACGUUAGCCGCCUCUGACACAUCGACAAGCUCCAUCACGUUCACCGCGCACUUCUCGCCCGACCGCCAAGAUCCCAAGGCUCCCUCGGAGAUCCAGACGCGCAGCAUCGUUGGGUGGCAUGAAUACUGGAGCGAGGGUGGUUUUGUAGACCUCACUCUGUCAUCGAACCCCAACGCCACUGAGUUGCAGAGACGUAUCAUCCUGUCUCAGUAUCACGUUCGGGUUAACAGCGCCGCUUCGGGUCAGUCACCGCAAGAGAGCGGGUUGAUGAACAACGGGUGGUACGGCAAGUUCCACAUGGAGAUGGUCGUAUGGCACAACGCCCACUGGGUAACCUGGGGCCGCAAGAAGUACUUUGACAAUAUCUUUCCUCAGCUUUAUGAAACUCUUCUGCCGUCUUCUUUUGCAAGGGCCAAAGCAAUGGGAUGGGAAGGGGCUCGGUGGCCUAAGAUGACGGAGCUCAUCACUGGUGUCAGUUCUCCGGGUGGCAUCAAUGGACUGCUUCUUUGGCAACAGCCUCACACGAUGUACUUGGCUGAAUUGGCAUACCAAUCAUCUCCCACGGAGGGAACCCUCAAGCGUUGGGAUGAGGUCAUCACCGCCGCGGCAGACUACAUGGCUUCGUAUGCCUGGUUCAACGAGAGCUCUGGUCACUACGACUUGGGACCACCUUCGUACGGUGUGACCGAGAACACACCACCUCUCGAGACGGUCAACCUGGCGUACGAGGUCGCGUACUGGAGAUACGGACUGGACUCAGCACGAUCCUGGAAGAAAAGACUCGGCCAGCCCGUCCCCGAAAAAUGGACAACCGUCGCCGAAAACCUCGCACCUCCUCCUCAGAUUGAUGGGCUAUAUUCUGUAUACGAGGGGCUGAACAGCACUUGGUGGAACGACCCCGCCCUCAACGGAGACCCACGAAGCCUCAUCAUGAUGCAAGGAAUUCUCCCUGAUACUCCCGCCGUCGACCCUGCUGUCGCCUUGAAGACCGCAGAUAAGGUGUGGGAAGUCUGGACGGACCAGAAGAUCCGCGGAUGGGGAAGGCCGGUCUUGGCCAUCAACUCCGCCCGGAUCGGCAACCCAGAGCGUGCUAUCUAUCACCUGACGGCGUACAGCUACUGGAAAUUUGAUGACGCCGGGUUUGCCAUUCGAGGAGGUGAUGGCGGUACUCCUCCUCCCUUUAUGCCUGGCAAUGCCGGAUUCCUCUACGCAGUUGCAUACAUGGCUGCCGGGUGGCAGGGCUCCGAAGGCGAUGCUCCUGGCUUUCCUAAGGAUGGUGGCUGGGUUGUGAAGCACGAGGGUCUGCAAAAGGCUCCGUAA